AUGUAUCACAAUACAGUCUCUCAACACGUAAGACUUCUAUCAAUGGCUUCAACUAAUCCGAAUAUGGAUUGUCAAGUAGAUGAUGUUCAGAAUCAAAGACCUAGGGAUUUUCAUUUUACACAUAAUUGUUAUAAGAAAAUUAUAAAAAAUUUUAAAAUGAAUGUUAUAUACCUAAAGUUGUAUAGAACUGUUAAUAAAUUUAGAACUUUAUUGCGUAGAACAUAUUCAUCGGACUUUAGAUUUGUUCCAAAAUGUGAACCUGUGAAAGAUUCAGAUUUAUUGGAGUUAAAGGACUUCAUUAACAAUCACAGUAACAUAUGCAUAUUAACAGGUGCAGGAAUAUCUACAGAAAGUGGUAUUCCAGAUUAUAGAUCUCAAGGUGUUGGUAUUUAUGCAAGAAGUAAUCGUAAACCAGUUCUUUAUAAAGACUUCUGUAAUAAAGAUGACAUUAGAAAACGAUACUGGGCUAGAAAUUAUGUAGGUUGGCCAAGAUUUUCUUCUAUUAAACCAAACAAUACACAUGAAAUAAUAAAAAAAUUAGAAGAUGCAAAUAAAGUUAGGUGUAUUAUCACACAAAAUGUUGAUAAUUUGCACACAAAAGCAGGUAGCAAAAGAGUGAUAGAAUUACAUGGGACUGCAUUCAAAGUAAUGUGUUUAAAUUGUAAUGAGAGAAUAUGUAGGUACUAUUUACAAGAAAUUUUGAAUAAAAAUAAUCCAAAUAUUACAGCAACUAGUCAGAUGAUAAGGCCUGAUGGAGAUGUGGAUUUAUUAGAAGAGCAAAUAGAAGGAUUUAAAGUUCCAUCAUGUGAAAAUUGUGGUGGUAUUCUUAAACCAGAUAUUAUUUUCUUUGGAGAUAAUGUUCCACGUCAAGUUGUAGAAAGUGUAAAAUAUAAUGUUGAGUAUUCAGAUUCUUUACUAAUUCUGGGUACUACAUUAUCUACAUUUUCUGGCUAUCGAAUAGCGUUGCAAGCUAACAAUAUCAACAUACCAAUAGCCAUAUUGAACAUAGGAAAAACUAGAGCAGAUGAUUUAGCAAAUAUUAAAGUGGAAGGUCAAUGUGGCGAUGUUCUCUCGAGAAUUUAUUCAAUGAUUUAG